AUGCCUUUAAUACCUCCGGAAAGAGAUGACCAUGGAUCCGCCGAGGAAUAUUCAGAAAUGUGCAAAGUUCACGCCAAUGAAACACUAAAGUUCUUUUGUCCUGACCAUGGGGCAUUUGAAUGCGGAGUUUGUAUUGUACUUGAUCACCGGGCGUGUUCGGUUCAGUUUGUUCCGGAUGUCGCUAAAGGGUUCAGCAAUACCUCUGAAUAUAGAGAUCAAAUAAACAUGCUCAGAGAGAUUCAAAACGAUAUCCAAACUUGUGAAGAUAAGGUUGAAGAAAAAUCAGUCUCUGCUAAUGAUGUCCAUUUAGUUGGUCUUGGUGAUCUAAAGAAGUUUAGGAAAAAAAUAAAUGAGUACCUGGAUGAAUCAGAAAGGAAUAUUGAGUCAUUUGCUGAACAUUUGAAGGCUGAAGUUGAUGAAAAGAUAAGAGAGCUAAAGAAGAAAUAUGUUCAAUUAAAAGGUAUAGGUGAUAAAUCUGAACAAACCCUUGAAAUUGCAUCAAGUGAUGAAGUACGGUUGUAUAUGACAUCAACGAGGUCAAAGAAAGACAUUGAAGGCUUAAAGCUGUCAGUUGACAAAAUAAAGAAGACCUGUCAGCAGGACAAUAUGAGAUACGAGUUCAAACCGGAUUCUGUAUUUGAGAAAAUGUUGAGCUUGCAGAGAAAUCUUGGCAAAAUGACAAUAACGAAUGAGAUACAAGAUGAUAAAAGUGAUAACACAGCAGAUGAGUUUGAUAUCGAUGAAUCUGAUCAAAAGUGUACACUCAGUGAUUCUAUUACAUUUGAUCAAGUGCCCAGUAUAACUAAUAUUUCAAUAGAAAGUACUGAUGAUGUAUAUCAAACAUGUUCAUGUAAGCACCCUAAUUGUUGGAAAAAUGAGGAGGAAGAUCAUAAAAAGGAAGUUAAAGAAUACUGGAGCUGCUGUAUAACAGGAAUGGCCGUGCUGUCCCCAGGAAGGCUUGUAGUUGCAGACAGUGGGUGUCACUCAGUGAAGUUAAUUGACACGUCCAACAACAAGGUUCUGGCUAGAUACUCAACUGCCCCGUAUCCAACUCAAGGUCAAAAGCCAUUUGAUGUAACAGUAGUUUCAAAUGAAAAUAUUGCAGUAACCUAUAAUCCAAACACUUCCUAUAUGCGUCUGAGAAUACUAUCCACAGAAAAUAACACUCUUUCUGAACGUUAUAGUGUUAUAAUUCAAAGUCUCAGAACUCUAUAUGUUUCCUACAUCAAUGAUCGAUUUUAUUUGUCGGAUGGUUCUUCUAUCAGUGUCCGAGAUGAUAAAAUCAAUGAUGCACAGGUUAGAAAAUUUGAAAUCAAAGGCAACUCCUGUUAUAGAAAGCCUGUAUUGAACGCUUCUGAUGGCAAUGCGUAUUACGUCACGGACAAAAUAGCUGGGACACUUACACUCUUAGAAAAGUCUCUUUAG